AUGAGAGGGUUUAAAGUUCUGGGCGUUGCUGCGAAAGCGACGCCAGGCAGGACGGGCUUGGUUACGUCGUGGGCAAUUGAUGCAAAUAGCAGCAGGAUAUGUUGCAUUGGAGACAGAAUACCCUUCCAAUCGAACAGGACGAUCGCAACAGCAGCUCGCGCACAACAACCGCCCUCGACUCCCUCAAACACACCUCCAACCCCCUCUCCGACCUCCCACCAUGCAACGGCCACGGCCGACCAAUUCCGCGCCCUGAUGAGACUCCUCCCUCACUCCGUCGUUGUCUGUACAUCCCUCGACCCGCACCCUCAUACGCCCACGCCCUCCUCUUCUUCCCUCUCGAGUACGACCACUACGAACCAAAAACCCUCCUAUCCUCGCGCCAUGACAAUGUCCUCGCUCACCUCCCUCUCAAUAUCACCCACACCCCUCGUCUCCUUCAACAUCAAAAAACCCAGCAGGACACUCGACGCCCUACGCUCCAGCGGAAGAUUCAACGUCCACGUUCUCCGCGACGACGUGCGCGGUUCUAGGAUAGCGGAGUGGUUCUCGCGCGGCGACGCGGGGAAAGAUCCCUUCGAGGGCGUGGAAGGGUGCGGGUGUGUCGUGGAGCGUGGGGAUGGGGGCGUGGAGCUGAGGGGGGAGGGUGUGAGGAGGGUGUUGAGGUGUAGGGUGGAGGAGUUGCUUUCGGUGAGAGAUCAUGUUAUUGUGGUUGGGGAGGUGGAGGAGAUUCGUGGGGAUGGUGGAGAGGAGGGGGAUGCGGAGGGAUUGGGGUUGGCUUAUGCGGAUAGGAGGUAUCGGAGGGCCGGGGAGGUGAUACAGAAGCAUGUGGAGUAG